AUGUCGAACCAGCAAGUGGGCCCGGUGUUCGAGCGCGUCAUCCAGGAAGUCUGCGACGCUUCUCAAGUCGACUUUGAGGAGAGCGGUGUGGAUCAAAAGACGCUGCUAGACUUGCGUGAGACCUGGCAAGCCAAGCUCACUUCUCUCAGCGUCGCCCAUUUCCCCUGGGAUCCUACACCACAGCCUACCCCGCAAGCUCCUGUCCUGCCGCCUCAAGCUACUGUUCCAUCAAACGCACCGCGUCCUCCCCAGCCACAACAUGUUGCCCCUCCUGUCUCUAUGCAGCAAUCUGUUCCUCCUCCAGUUUCUGCUCCUCAUCCGGUUCAUGCACAAGCCCCGGUCGCUCCCAUGGGAGGGCCUCCUCGGAUCAAGACAGAACCCGGAUUCAAUGGCCAGCCCGGUCUGCCUAACAUGAACAAUCCCAUGCAAGUCCCUACUAAUCCUCAGGCAGCUCGCGAUCGCGCCAUUAGUGCGAUGCAGCAGAAAUACGGUGCCAAUGCGGCCAGCUCCGUUCAUCAAAUGCAUCAAAUGCAAGCUCAGGGCCCAGGCCAGCACACAUACCAACAGUAUGCCGCAAAUGGACAGAUGCCUCAGAUCAAGCAGGAGCCUGGCUACCCGUCAAUGGGCCCUAGUCAAACCGAUGGUGGUGGUGAUGACCCCAUGGCGGACUGGAAAGCUGAGGUCGCACGUCGUCGAGAGGCUGCUGCGAACGGCCAAGGCGACCGCAUGCUCCGUGAGCACCUUAAGUCACAGAUGCUUGGAUUAGAGGCCGGCGGUCUCCUCCGCCCUCUUAGUGAGCACGAGUCCCCGGCUGUGCUGGCACGACGCGCUGCUAUCGAGACACGCCUCAACCCCACUCAGUCGACACCUGCUACUCCACGAAUUCCCGGGCAGGUCGAUGGAGAGGAGGCAGAUGAAGACGCGAUCAACUCAGACCUUGACGACCCUGAAGACCAGUUCGCAGAGGAUGGAGAUGAUGAUGAAUCUGAAGGUCAGGUCAUGCUUUGCACCUACGAUAAGGUUCAGCGCGUCAAGAAUAAGUGGAAGUGCACAUUGAAGGACGGCAUUCUGACCAGUGGAGGCAGGGAAUACGUUUUCCACAAAGGCCAAGGCGAGUUUGAGUGGUAA